AUGUCGUACGGUAAAGGUGAAGCAGAUACGUUCUACGUUGAACAGCAACAUGUUGGACGAAUUAUUGGCAAAGGUGGCGAAAGAAUCCGAAGUUUGCAGACACCUCUAUUUGAUGCCCCUCUGGCCUCUAUUUUAAUGAACUCUCAGGAAUUAUUAUCAUACAGUGGUGAGAAGGGUCCAAUUUCUAUAUCAGGGUUUUGGUUUUUAUGUUAUUUGACCAGAUCAUUAAUUGAGAAGAUUUCAGUAAAACACAAAAUGUUAAAGUACAGCCAGGUCUUGGUUUUACGUUAUUUGACCAGAUUAUUAUUUGAGAAGAUUUCAGUAAAAAUGAGGCUUCGACAAAGUUCAACUUUAAUUAGUUUUUUGGAAAUCUGGAGAGCCAGUAAUAUCUGUAAAGUUUUUAUGUUAUUUGACAAAGUCAUUAUUUAA